CGCUCUUGGGAGAAAAGUGGGAAAUGGCUGUUAGCUACACAACCCCGAGGAGGGGUAGGACGCAAAAGGAAGGCAUGGGAACGGGCUGCGAGGGAAAAGGAGGAAGGCAAAGCGAAGGGAUGCAAGCGAGGCAGACAGAACGGGACGGCACAGACAUGGGGGAGCUCUGGCAGGUGCUUCAUCAUCUGCUAAGGCAUUGUGGCUCCGCCCGUAAACAGUCAUCGGGCCUCUCUGGGGAGCAACCUUCUCCAUAACUAGCACAGUUUAAAGAUGAAACUCUCCCGUGCUGAAUACAAAGAGAUCGCGAGAUGGACAGAGCAUCUGAGACCAACAAGGCAGUGUAUGAAGAUGUUAAAGGAACGAUUUCCGAAUCACUCGCAGUCCACUCUUCUGAGCAUCUUCUCCCUGGAGUACCAGAAACGGACUAAAAGGACUAUUUCAAAGCACCAUGCGCCUGACGUCGUUGAAAGCUACUACCAGAGGUAUCUGAGCAAGGCCAUGGCACAUCCCUCUGCUCCUGUCUUGUUGGAAUUGGCCAAUGAGGUGGAUUUGUCUCCUGCACUGAUGGCUCGCAUCAUCCUAGACAGGUUCCUCCAGGACCUAGAGGGUGGAAUGCCCUCUAAAUCCAUCCUCAACAGUAUGCUCAAGGAACCAUCAUUAAUACCAGACCAAACCUUGGCCAAGAACGUAUACCAAUGCACAGUAAACGACUGCUGUUAUGGACCACUGGUAGACUGCAUCAAACAUGCUAUUGGCCAAGAACACGAGGUGCUGCUGUGUGACAAACUCAAGGAGAAAAAUUUGUCCUUCCUGGAUGAAAACCAACUGAGAGCUAAAGGUUAUGACAAAACACCUGAUAUCAUCCUGGAGGUUCCUGUUGCUGUGGAGGGACACAUUGUCCACUGGAUUGAGAGCAAAGCAUCAUUUGGAGAUGACCACAGUCACCGCACCUAUCUCAAUGAACAGUUUUGGAGCUACUGGAACCGAUUCGGCCCUGGUCUUGUCAUCUAUUGGUACGGUUUCAUCGGUGAGCUGGACUGCCAGAGAGACCGAGGUAUUCUUCUCAAAGACUGCUUCCCUACGGACAUCGUUGCCCUCGGACAAACUGGUCAGAAGGACUGAAGAGCAAUUGGUGGAUAAAGAGCAACAAAAAAAAAAAAAUGUUCUGAUGGUGACGUUAGAAGGAGUGAGAGCAGAGGAUGACGGAGCAGGAAGGGUAGGAACAGUAACACCGGGGCAGACAACGAUAUCCGGAAGUAAUUUAGUUUUCCUGCUUGGAGACAAAAAUUCUGCUGCCCUGAACUCCAGCUGACCUUCACUCUCCGUCUGCCACUACCUUCCUGGCUCUUUGGCUUUUGUUGCAGCGUACAAAUCUGAAACAAAAAUGCCAUCUUGAAGAGGUUCCUGGUCAACUUGUGGCCCCCGGUUGGCCUCUCUCAAAGGACGGCAUGAUGUGAUGGAGGACCAGUGGUUGGACACAAGGCACUUGCUUAUCACACCCAGAGUCCUGGCCUUUGUCAGACCUUCCUCUUCCGUUUCGUAAGCAGAUAAGAGAGGUGCGGUUCUGGGGGGCCUGGCUGGAGGUCUGGCUCUCACCUGCGUCACUCGGUGCCCUUUCAGUCACGCUCCAAGCAGGAGAACAGAAUGGUGGCUGAUUAAGGCUAUGGCCUUGCUGUGACCCAUUUCCAUCAUUGCUACAUGUUAUCAAUUUCCUCUCAAGAUUUGUGUGAAUUCAUCUUAUAGACUGUUUGUAUGCAUGAUUCAUUAAAUGGACAUGCUUUGGUCCUCCACAGUUGCAGUGUGGAGUUUUAGCUUUGUUAAAAUCUCAUUAAAUUUUUUAAUUCCUUUCUGGUUUGGCACGACUGGCGUUGUCAUAACUAAAUGUAAGGUAAUGAAAAACAUCUCCGCAUUUAAACCGAUGUAUUUUAUAAUUGACAGUGACUCUAAAUUCCACAAAUUGUCUUUAAAAAUGACAACUUGUUCAGUUUUUUUGUUAAAGGGCACAGCAAGCCAGAAAAGGUAGAAAAUGUCCCUGCUGACUGUUUGUCAAUAAUUUUUGCUUUGUAAUUUUAAACAAAUGUGAACUGCAACAUUAAAUGUUAUUUAUCAAUAAAUACUAUGAUCUUUGAAGGUCUCAGAACACUAAUACAGUUGAGUGUGUGUUUACAGAUACAGGUAGUCCCCAAUUUACGAACGAAUUCCGUUCCUGUGCUGGCGUUGUAACCCGGAUUUCCGCGUAAGUCGGAAUAAACCCUUGAAAUACCUCAAAAAAACGUCUAAAUUAAAAAAAAAAAAAAAAUCCAAAAACAUGCAUUAUACGUCAUUGCACUGUCCUCGUCAAGACGUUGGAGCUAAGUCCUAGCCAGACAGUGAGCUAAUCUCCGAAAUGACUGUCAGACGUCCUUGUGGUUUCCUGACUUUAUUCAGCUGCUCACUUGCAGAAUUAAACUAAAAUAAAAUGAAAUUAAACUAGUCUCAUCUUCAAUAACAGCAAUUAAAAUUUGCGUUUACAAGUAGCUGCUGAUACAGCGAUAACAACCGAUUAGCAUGUAUCAGUUAGCGUCCGCACGUCAUCAA